CUAGCCUCGGAGCCAGCAAUUUAAUCGGCUAUGAUGCGGCAUCGAGAGUGCGACGACAAAGCAAUUCCCCUGAUAAAAUGGAACCUCCCAAACUCUGACAGAACUGAGUUUAUGUGCUGAUUCUCAUUGAUUUCCCUCUUUAUUUCCCUACUACAUUAUCGCACUUAAGUUUUGAUGCGAAUAAUGAAGUCAGCUAUUCGUGUUCCUCGCCGCGCUAGGUGGUUGUCAACCACAUCCAAGCCCCUCUCAGGCCUGAAAAUUAAUGCGGAUCGGUUACAAGAAACCCUUCAUUAUACUUGCCAAUGGGGCGCUGCCCACCGAUACGGAGAUGGUCCGACGCAGACAGGAAUGGCACGCCUAUCACUUUCUGACGAUGACGCUUCCGUGAGGCGUUGGUUUAGCGAAGAGACACGCAAACUCGAUUGUGAGCUAAAAAUCGAUAAGAUGGGUAACAUGUUUGCCCGAAGGGCUGGUUCCUUGAAUUCAAAAGCUCCAAUGACUGCGAUGGGCAGUCACCUGGACACUCAGCCUAGAGGCGGACGCUAUAACGGCAUUCUAGGAGUCGUGGCUGCCAUGGAAGCUUUACGGACUCUUCAUGAAAACGGUUAUCGGACGGAAUACGAUAUCGGAGCUGUGAAUUGGACCAAUGAAGAAGGAGCGAGGUUUCCUAAGUCGAUGGUUUCGUCCGGAGUAUGGGCUGGGGAUAUUCCUCUCGAGAAAGCCUGGGGUUUAGCGGACAUUUUCGACCCAAAUGUCACUAUGAAGUCGGAACUGCAGCGUCAUGGAUUGAUUGGGGAAACGGCCUGUUCUAGUGAAGCAAACCAACUUGGUGCCCAUUUCGAGCUUCAUAUUGAGCAAGGACCUAUCCUAGAAGAAUCUGGCAAGAAAAUUGGUGUCGUAAAGGGUGCGCAAGCUUACCGGUGGCUCACUUUUACUGUCGAAGGGCGUGACGCCCAUACAGGUACAACCCCUCUUCGAAUGCGUCGGGACCCUCUGUUAGCUUCCGCGAAAAUGAUAGCGUCUUCCAAUGCGAUUGCGCGGGAUUUAGGGGCUUUGGUAUCUACGGGCGUCAUUAAGAUCCCACCAAGCUCCUCGACAAAUACUAUCGCUUCCCAGGUCACUUUCACAUUAGAUAUUCGCCAUAUAGAUGACAAUGUGGUUACCAAGGCACAAAGGCUAUGCAUUGAGUCAUUUGAAAGAAUUGCAAGGGAAGAUGGUAAGGGCGUUCAAAUUAAAUGGACGGUGGACACGGACUCCCCCGCCACUCAAUUCUCAGCGGACUGCGUGGGCGUAGUUCAGGGCGUUGCAGAGGACCUCGUAGGCCCUAAUGGGUGGCUUCCGAUGACGAGUGGCGCUGGCCAUGACAGCGUAUACACAAGCCGAAAGUGCCCGACAGCCAUGAUCUUCGUGCCCUGUAAGGAGGGUAUAAGCCAUCACCCAGAAGAGUACUGUAGCCCGGAAGAUUGUGCUUUGGGUGCUCAAGUUCUUCUAGAAUCUGUGACCCGAUACGACCGCAUGAGAACCGCCUAGAACUCAACAAUUACAUUAAAUUGAUUUGCUAUAUCGAAGAGGCAUGGUAGCAUACUACAACAUAAGGAAUUAAAUCAUACGGAAUAACAUUAUCAGAUAAAUGCCUACCUUAAAACGGGAGGCCUCUGUGAUAUCCCGUGUCUACCCAGGCGGGUAGGUAGUAAUGUAGAUGUGUUGGAGUACGAAGCCAUUUCGGGGUAUUUAAGUUCCAUGUAGAGGUCGAGAUUGUUAAGGCAUCGGGUAUCCAUUUUCAUACUGCCGUUAGCUAGUUGUUAUAGUGAGGUAUCAGAACUGGUAAUAGGUGUAUAUCCCCCGCUCCAAAGCGCUAGCUCCGCCUGUAUUGUAGACUCGAAUAGUGAGGGGAAUAACGAACGAUAGGGACGAUAAGAGUUGACCGGCGACAGCUGUUCCCAACUGAACUAGUUAAUUAACAACUAAUAUUUCUCGGC